UUGAGGUUAUGUUUUGCAGAUCGCACUAUUAACGUACAAGUUAUUGGCAAAUUCGCUGAGUGUACUCAUAAUUAUGCUAAAAACUAGCGUGUAUAUAUCCUCCAAGCGCGUCGGUUCCUAAAAAAGUUUUUAUAUGAUUAUUUAAUAUUUUAUAACCCUUACUUUAUUUACAUGUAAUACCAUUGUGUAAUUACUAUUUAGUUCCGAAUUAGGAUUUUUAAACAUAUACAACAUGUACAGAAACCUUUUAUUACGUUUGCCCAUUAGAUCAUUAAAAAGGGAAGCACUGCCACUAUUUACAAGUAUCAAAAAAACACCAGAUAUUAUCGUUCAGGCUCGUCAACUAUCAGUGACAUGUGUAUAUUGCAAAAAACGGAGAUCCAUAGAAGAAAAGGCUGUGGAAACUCAAGGAAGGCAGGCUAUAAGAUACUCCCCAAAAGCAGGAUCAGAAGUGGUGGGCAUAUGGAGGAACAUGACCGUGCGAGAGGUGGCUGAAGUGCUGAAGAAGGAUGUUGAACAUGUUUUCAAAGUCUUGGAAUUCGCUGACAAGACAUCAGAUAUAAACUACAAAGCAGACACGGUGAUACACAACCCGCAGGUGGUUCGCGACAUAGUGAAGAUAUCGGGAUUUAGGUUCAAACUGGUGCCUAGGCCUGAUGAAGAGCUAGAGGUGGAGGAGAACAAGGACGCGGUCCCUGCACCACCAGCGCCACCUGAAGCGCUGCGUCCCCGACCGCCCGUCGUCUGCGUCAUGGGCCACGUCGACCACGGCAAAACUACACUUCUAGACGCUUUGAGAGAUACUUCGGUCGUGGAUCAGGAGUUUGGAGGGAUUACGCAGCAUAUAGGGGCGUUCGAAGUGAAACUAGUUUCUGGCGAAACAGUGACAUUCCUCGACACGCCAGGUCACGCCGCGUUCACAGCCAUGAGAUCGCGAGGAGCGUUCGCGACGGAUAUAGUCGUGCUCGUGGUAGCGGCCGACGACGGCGUCAUGGAGCAGACUUUGGAGUCCGUGCGGAUGGCGAGGGAGGCUAACGUUCCCAUUUUGGUGGCGAUCAACAAAAUCGACAAGCCAGGUGUGAACAUUGAAAACACAAUGCGCUCCCUAGCGCAGCAUGGAGUCGUGUGCGAAGCCCUGGGUGGCGACAUCCAAGCCAUCCCCGUCUCAGCGCUCAAGAAGACCAAUCUAGACACUUUAGUAGAAGCAUUGACAUUGCAAGCACAACUUAUGGAGUUAAAAGCGGACCCGAGUGGGUAUGUGGAGGGGGUUGUCAUUGAGGCACAACUUGAUCCUAGAACUGGAAAACAAGCUACAGUGUUAGUGCAGAGGGGAACGCUGCGCCGCGGCAGUGUCAUUGUGGCUGGAAGUGGAUGGGCCAAGGUGCGCGUAUUAAACUCUGCGGAGGGUCGUGUCGUGUUAGAAGCGCCUCCAUCUACGCCUGUUUCCGUGCUCGGCUGGCGAGAGCUGCCUUCAGCUGGGGACCAGGUCCUCGAAGUCAACUCGGAGAAACGCGCCGCCGAAGUGAUGAAAUGGCGGCACAACCAGCGUAUGAAAGAGAAGCAAGCUUCAGACUUAGAAGUGAUCGCCGCUAAAGAAGCCACUCAUAGACAACAAUACCGUCAGCAACUAGAGAGGAAACGAGCUAUGGGCAGGAUGCGGUUGCGACCUGUCGGACCAAGGCAGAAGAUGAUUCAGUACGAUGACCAUCCAACGCUCAGCGUUAUCGUUAAAGGUGACGUGGAUGGUUCGGUGGAGGCUAUUCUGGACAUUUUGGAGACAUAUGACGAGCACGACACGGUUCGGCUGGAUCUAGUGCAUUUUGGAGUUGGGCCGGUCACUCCAAACGAUUUGGAGAUAGCUGAAGCCUUCAACGCCGUUAUAUACGCUUUCAACGUGGACUGUCCAACGCCUCUUAUCGUUGAAGCCAAGAACAAGAACAUAGGCCUGAAGAAACACAACAUCAUUUACAAAUUGGUCGACGAUGUGAAGGAUGAACUCAGCGCAAGGAUCCCUAAGAGGCAGGAGGAAGAGAUUAUUGGUGAAGCCAACGUCCUUCAACAAUUCAUGGUGACUGAGGGUAAGCGCAAAGUCCCGGUGGCCGGAUGCCGCUGUGUGAAAGGCUCUUUACAACGCAACGCGCUGUACAGACUUAUACGAAACGGAGAGGUUGUCUACGAAGGUAAACUAGCCUCAAUGAAACACCUGAAAGAUGAAGUGAACACAAUAAAGCGUGACAUGGAGUGCGGACUGCGGUUGGACUCGACCGACGUGACUGUCAACCCGGGAGAUACGUUAGUCUGUUACAAACUUGUUGACGCUAGCGACAGGACCGGCUGGGACCCCGGCUUUUAAAAACUAGUGAAUAUAAGUAAAUAUGUAUAUUA